AUCUUCAGCCUUUGUCUGCGAGUCUAAUGGGUGAGAUGGAACCUGAAAGAAGUUUUGUUUUGGGCGAGACUUAUAAAUUCUUUGAUCCAGCUCAUCUUCCCAAAAAAUAUUCUCCAGACGAUGCUGCACAACAGAGCGAUGCUGUUGAGGCUGCUGGGACUCCUCAUCCUGGCCUCCCUCUGCUCAGCCAGUUUGCAACAAACACCCACCAAUCAUGCCAUCAACAGCACCACAAAGAUGAUGAAGGAAAUGCCCACCGAGAACCCCACCAUCAACAGCACCACAAAGAUGAUGAAGGAAAUGCCCAUCAGCACCACAAAGAUGAUGAAGGAAAUGCCCAUCAGCACCACAAAGAUGAUGAAGGAAAUGCCCAUCAGCGCCACAAAGAUGAUGAAGGAAAUGCCCAUCAGCGCCACAAAGAUGAUGAAGGAAAUGCCCAUCAGCGCCACAAAGAUGAUGAAGGAAAUGCCCAUCAGCACCACAAAGAUGAUGAAGGAAAUGCCCAUCAGCGCCACAAAGAUGAUGAAGGAAAUGCCCAUAAGCACCACAAAGAUGAUGAAGGAAAUGCCCAUCAGCACCACAAAGAUGAUGAAGGAAAUGCCCAUCAGCACCACAAAGAUGAUGAAGGAAAUGCCCACUGACUCCCCCACCACCAUCAGAACCACAGAGAUGACGAAGGAAAUGCCCAUCAGCACUGCAAAGAUGAUGAAGGAAAUGCCCAUCAGCGCCACAAAGAUGAAGGAAAUGCCCAUCAGCGCCACAAAGAUGAUGAAGGAAAUGCCCAUCAGCGCCACAAAGAUGAUGAAAGAAAUGCCCAUCAGCACCACAAAGAUGAUGAAGGAAAUGCCCAUCAGCGCCACAAAGAUGAUGAAGGAAAUGCCCAUAAGCACCACAAAGAUGAUGAAGGAAAUGCCCAUCAGCACCACAAAGAUGAUGAAGGAAAUGCCCAUCAGCACCACAAAGAUGAUGAAGGAAAUGCCCACUGACUCCCCCACCACCAUCAGAACCACAGAGAUGACGAAGGAAAUGCCCAUCAGCACUGCAAAGAUGAUGAAGGAAAUGCCACCUGAGUCCCCCGCCGCCAUCAACACCGCAAAGAUGAUGAAGGAAAUGCCGCCUGAGUCCCCCACCGCCAUCAGCACCACAAAGAUGAUGAAGGAAAUGCCCAUCAGCACCACAAAGAUGAUGAAGGAAAUGCCACCUGAGUCCCCCACCACCAUCAGCACCACAAAGAUGAUGAAGGAAAUGCCCAUCAGCACCGCAAAGAUGAUGAAGGAAAUGCCACCUGAGUCCCCCACUGCCAUCAGCACCACAAAGAUGAUGAAGGAAAUGCCCACUGAGUCCCCCGCCCCCAUCAGCACUGCAAAGAUGAUGAAGGAAAUGCCCAUCAGCACCACAAAGAUGAUGAAGGAAAUGCCCACUGACUCCCCCACCACCAUCAGCACCACAGAGAUGAUGAAGGAAAUGCCCAUCAGCACCGCAAAGAUGAUGAAGGAAAUGCCGCCUGAGUCCCCCGCCGCCAUCAACACCGCAAAGAUGAUGAAGGAAAUGCCCAUCAGCACCACAAAGAUGAUGAAGGAAAUGCCCAUCAGCACCGCAAAGAUGAUGAAGGAAAUGCCACCUGAGUCCCCCACCGCCAUCAGCACCACAAAGAUGAUGAAGGAAAUGCCCAUCAGCACCACAAAGAUGAUGAAGGAAAUGCCCAUCAGCACCGCAAAGAUGAUGAAGGAAAUGCCACCUGAGUCCCCCACCGCCAUCAGCACCACAAAGAUGAUGAAGGAAAUGCCGCCUGAGUCCCCCACCGCCAUCAGCACCACAAAGAUGAUGAAGGAAAUGCCGCCUGAGUCCCCCACCGCCAUCAGCACCACAAAGAUGAUGAAGGAAAUGCCACCUGAGUCCCCCACCGCCAUCAGCACCACAAAGAUGAUGAAGGAAAUGCCCCCUGAGUCCCCCACCGCCAUCGGCACCGCAAAGAUGAUGAAGGAAAUGCCCACUGAGUCCCCCGCUCCCAUCAGCACUGCAAAGAUGAUGAAGGAAAUGCCACCUGAGUCCCCCACCCCCAUCAGCACCACAAAGAUGAUGAAGGAAAUGCCACCUGAGUCCCCCACCACCAUCAGCACCACAAAGAGGAUGAAGGAAAUGCCACCUGAGUCCGCAACCGUCAUCAGCACCACAAAGAUGAUGAAGGAAAUGCCACCUGAGUCCGCAACCGUCAUCAGCACCACAAAGAGGAUGAAGGAAAUGCCCACUGACUCCUCCACCACCAUCAGCACUACCAUGAUGAUGAAGGAAAGGCCCACCAUCAUGCAGCUUCCCAGAAGGAACUCUUGGCAGCGCCGUGUCAACGUUACAGACGACUCAAUUGGUCAGAUAUUCCCUCCGCCCAUCACUGAUUGUGACAUACUUUUGAACUCACCAAUAAUAGCACAAAUUCCAUCUUCCUGCAUCUGUUCAUACUGUAAAAAUAAAGUGGGGCCCAAAGGAGACCGUGGAGACGGGGGCCUCCCAGGUGAACCUGGGAGUCCUGGGAGAAGUGGAGUGACGGGUUUCAAAGGUCGACAAGGAUUCACAGGCCCUGAAGGGAUGAAGGGUAAGAAGGGAGAAAUGGGGGAGAAAGGAAUGAAUGGCGCCACUGGUUUCACCGGGACAAAGGGCCAGCGUGGAUUCAAAGGUGAGAAAGGGGAUAGAGGAUCUAUGGGGUUCCCUGGUGCACAGGGCCCCCAAGGAGAAACCGGCACAUGCCCUGCCUGCCAAAGUGUCCCGGGUGAAAAAGGUGAAAAAGGUCAACCUGGUCCUGCUGGAGCCCGGGGCCUGCCUGGGGUGAAGGGAUCUGAGGGACCCAAGGGUAUGAAGGGUGAUAAGGGGGACUUAGGCAGACCUGGGGAACCUGGUAUGAACGGCCAGAAGGGGGAAGAAGGUGAGCAGGGAAUGUGUGAGUGCACUGACGGGGCAGACGGUGUUGAUGGAAUGCCAGGAGAAAAGGGCGACAAUGGGGCCAAAGGUGACACUGGUGCAAAGGGUGAACAGGGCAACAUGGGGCCAAAAGGCAACCAGGGUGAUAUGGGUAUCAUGGGGCCACGUGGUCCCUGCUCUCCGGCCAUCCAGUCAGCGUUCUCAGCAUCUAUCAACCAGUCAUUUCCUCGUCCCGACUGGCCCAUUUCUUUCCCACGUGUCCUCACCAACAAGCAGGGACACUUCAACCCAUUAAUGGGUAUCUACACGGCCCCUGUCAACGGCACCUAUGCCUUCAGCUUUCACCUCGCAGUUGCCAAGAAGCCACUUAAAUUCGGCCUGUUCAAGAACUUCUUCCCUAAAGUCAAAAUGACAGAAGGAACCUACCCAACCACCACUAGCCACAAGGUUGUCCUCCACCUCGUGAUGGGAGACGAGGUAUGGAUGCAGGUCAAGAACACUGAUUACAAUGGCAUGUACACCGACACAGAAAGCACCAGCUCAUUCUCUGGGUAUCUGCUGUACCCUGACUCCUGCGAAUUUCCCAUGAAUAGAUCUCCCUUCAUGCCACCCCCAACUCCUGGAACCUACAGCUGGGGGGAUCCUGAAGAUCCCACCCCUUCACCAUAAUAGGCUGUAUUCUGUCACAAAAUUGUAGACAAAGCAUCCACAACAAACGGUCAAUCAAAUUCUGUGUAUUUAUAAGUGCAAGCUUUAAAGGAGGGGUAUUCUAGAGAUGCAGCAGCAUUGUUCACUUUUGUCAAUAUGGUGAUGUGUAUGUUGUGUAGCUGAUACUCCUCACUGUUGUUAUGUGAUGAAAUAGUCAAGCACUUUUCAUUUGCCCCUGAAAGGGGAAGAAGUCAAUAUGUAGUUUCUUCCUUCCUUGGACUGUAUCUGUACUAUGUUUGUUCAAGAGAUGAUGUCCAACAAUAGAGUCUGGUAGGAGGUAGGAGGCAAUGUCAGCAACAGUAAUAGUCCAUAAACAUGGUACUAUACUCUGAAAAAAAAUUAUUCUUAUCCAAUCCUACGUUAACAGGAAUUGCCCCUUGACUGACCAUUUUAGCCUUUCCAUUUCCCUUGUGGUGUUGUAUCCGGCGUCUAUGGUAACUCAGAGUGCAUCAAAACAACAACAAAUAGUAGUAGAUUAAAAACAGAAUGGACCUGAUAAGAUUUUUGUCUGCAGUGUCUUAGCCAAUGAUUGCACUAGAUUUCUUGAAACCAAAUAACAACGUGGAGGUCAGAUAUUUUAGAAAGUGAAGAGAAAUUAGGAAAAAUGUUAAAUGGUUUGUAAGCAGGAAAAUACCCCUUCUUUAAAGGUGGAGAUAAAUUCUUUCUGAUGAUUAAACACAAUUCACUGCUGGUUAAAGAUUGUUUCAAGUAGCUGUACUGUUGAAAUCAUAAAUAUUUUAGCACUAAUGCACUUUUCACUUGAAUUUGUUUAUAAUAUUUUAGAUUUCUGGCUGCAGCUUAGUUUUUCUGGCUUUGUCAUUUUGCUUUUUAAAAUGCUGAUGAUACAGAAAGUCAGAUUUCAAUGCUUUUGUCAGGACGCUCGCUUAGCAGCAAAGACUGUAAUAAGAACUUUAUUUUUUGAUAAAUAUCAAAAUAAGUGAAUCAAGACUGUGUGCGUCAAAGAAAAAAAUCAGGACACGUCUGCUGAGAUGGAGGGUUGAUUAGUUCGAAAAGUACAAAUGGAGAAGGAGCGGGUAAGAAAGGAUGCUGUGAAGGAAGUAAGAGGUACGGAAAUGAAGAAUGCUGAUGACAGCAUUGAGACAUGGACAGGUUGCUUCAGAGAGUUAUAGGUAAAGAUAAAUGCAAAAUUCUACAUUAAAUGAGCACUGCCUAAAUUAAACUCCUUUACAGAUGUGCACAUGGAUAGCUGUGGACACGGGAGAUGCACAGUUGUUGUUAUUAUACUACUUUGCUCGCAGGAUGCUUCCAUAAAUGUGCAGCAGAUCAGCAUCUAUGCUUUUGCACAUGCGCACCACUGCGUUUGAAGCGUAGCAGCUGUGUGAACACAAAUUUUGGGCUGCAUGCAGACAUCUGCAGGAGAUCUCGUGUAGUUGGGAAGAUGAUCAAAUUUACGUACACCUUAGUGUACUCACCAGUGUAUAAAUCAUAACACUGUCCUCAGAGUUUUGAGGGUCACAAACUGCAUGACAGUUUAAAAAACUACUUUUCCAGUGGGGUGUAAUUAAAACACCUGUUUCAAAUACAUACCAAGUAAACACAGGGUGUGAUCAAAAAGUUCCAACAGUUUGCACCUAAACAAAUCAAAAACUGCCUAAUUGAAAUGUGGCCUCUCUCCAUUUAUAGUGGUCUCUUUGACGAGUGAUGCACUGCUCCGAGUGCUCCUGCAACGCUUCUAAUGCUCCUUGAAAGCCCCGCCAUGUAAACAUGCCAUGUAUUUUCUCAAAUCUGAAUAAAACCUGGUCUUGAAGGGGGAAUUCAACAUCACAGGAUUUGUUGAGAUGUUUUAGGUGAGCAUCGUAUGACAUUAUGAGUCACCUGCAGGUGAUUGUGGACAUGUGAUGGAACAAUACAGACACUGAUCAGUCUGAAGAAACAUUAUGUUAAAACAGCGUUAAAAAAAUGACAAAAACGUACGGUCUACAUUUGCUGAGGUGUUAUUAGCGAUUGUGUUGUCUGUGCUUCAGUUUGCUGUGAGCUCUGCUUUGUGGUUUUGUCUGAAAUUAAAAACGUUCUCCUAAA